AUGUCUGCUCCCGCCCACAAGUUCAAGGUCGCUGACCUUUCUCUGGCCGCCUUUGGCCGCAAGGAGAUUGAGCUCGCUGAGAAUGAGAUGCCCGGUCUCAUGCAGACCCGAGCCAAGUAUGCUGCCGACCAGCCUCUCGCCGGUGCCCGCAUUGCUGGCUGCCUUCACAUGACCAUCCAGACCGCCGUCCUCAUCGAGACCCUCACUUCUCUCGGUGCUGAGGUUACCUGGACCAGCUGCAACAUCUUCAGCACCCAGGACCACGCUGCUGCUGCCAUUGCCGCCGCUGGUGUCCCCGUCUUCGCCUGGAAGGGUGAGACCGAGGAGGAGUACAACUGGUGCCUCGAGCAGCAGCUCACUGCCUUCAAGGACAACAAGAAGCUCAACCUCAUCCUCGACGACGGUGGUGACCUUACCACCCUUGUCCACCAGAAGUACCCUGAGAUGCUCAAGGACUGCUUCGGUGUCUCUGAGGAGACCACCACCGGUGUCCACCACCUUUACCGCAUGCUCAAGGAUGGCAAGCUCCUUGUCCCCGCCAUCAACGUCAACGACUCCGUCACCAAGUCCAAGUUCGACAACCUUUACGGCUGCCGUGAGUCCCUUGUCGACGGUAUCAAGCGUGCUACCGAUGUCAUGAUUGCUGGCAAGGUCGCCGUCGUUGCCGGUUUCGGUGAUGUCGGUAAGGGUUGCGCCAUGGCCCUCCACGGCAUGGGUGCCCGCGUCCUCGUCACUGAGAUUGACCCCAUCAACGCUCUCCAGGCUGCUAUGGCCGGUUACCAAGUCACCACCAUGGAGAAGGCUGCCAAGGUUGGCCAAAUCUUCGUCACCACCACCGGAUGCCGUGAUAUCCUCACUGGUGAGCACUUCGAGGCUAUGCCCAACGACGCCAUCGUCUGCAACAUUGGUCAUUUCGAUAUCGAGAUUGACGUUGCUUGGCUCAAGGCCAACGCCAGCUCUGUCCAGAACAUCAAGCCCCAGGUUGACCGUUUCCUCAUGCCCAACGGCCGUCACAUCAUCCUCCUUGCUGAGGGUCGUCUUGUCAACCUUGGCUGUGCUACUGGCCACUCUUCUUUCGUUAUGUCUUGCUCUUUCACCAACCAGGUCCUUGCCCAGAUCAUGCUGUACAAGGCCGCCGACAAGGCGUGGGGUGAGAAGUACGUCGAGUUCGCCAAGACCGACAAGCUCGACGUUGGUGUCUACGUCCUCCCUAAGAUUCUCGAUGAGGAGGUCGCCCGUCUCCACCUUGACCACUGCCAGGCUGAGCUCAGCACCCUCAGCAAGGUCCAGGCUGAGUACCUCGGCCUCACCGUCGAGGGUCCCUUCAAGGCCGAUAUCUACCGCUACUAA